AUGAUCGCCUUCGCCGUCCUCGCCGCCCUCCCCUUUGUGGCUGCCCACCCCAAAGUCAACUGGUACCAGCCCCGCGACUCGCCCGUCCACGAGCUGUUCCGUCGUGCCGACGUCGACAUCACCGCGGCCAACUUUACUGCCGGCUACCCGCCCCUGUACAUGAGCCCCAACGCUACCAACACCCCGCAGGCGUGGAUUGACAAGCUCAACUCGAUCACCCUCCCGUCUGCCAACCCCGUCGCUGUCCAGACCGGCACCGCCAACCCCAAGUACGACGUCGCCAACGGCACCGACGGCUCGGGCCCCGACAUUUGCUCGUUCACCUCGGGCUGCCACACCGACACUGACCUGUUCCACGGUCCCGACAACACCUUUGUCCUCACGUUCGACGACGGACCCAGCGAUGUCUCGCAGGACCUCUACGACUUCCUCAAGCAGAACAACAUCAACGGCAACGCUACCCACUUUAUGAUUGGCACCAACAUUGUCGGCGACCCCGCCACUGCCAAGUCUGCGUUCACCAACGGCGGCCACAUGGCGGUCCACACCUGGUCGCACCCUUACAUGACCACCCGCACCAACGAGCAGGUCGUCGGCGAGCUCGGCUGGACCAUGCAGAUCAUUGCCGACGUUACUGGCGGCCACAUCCCGGCGUUCUGGCGCCCCCCUUACGGCGACGUCGACAACCGUGUCCGCGCCAUCGCCAAGGAGGUCUUUGGCCUGACCACCGUCCUCUGGAACCACGACACCAACGACUGGGCCAUUGGCGCCGGCGGUAACUUUACCAUCGAGUCGGUCGAGGCCACCAUGGACACUUGGUUCGUCGGCCCCCGCUCGCCCGGUAUCCUUGCGCUCGAGCACGAGAUCAACAACAACUCGCUCAUCGUCUUCAAGCACGAGUACCCCGGCUUUGCCGCCAACAACUGGACCAUCCAGUCGGUCGCCGACGCCUUUGGCAUGGACUGGUACCAGAACGCCGUCGCCAACGGCGCCAUUGCCUCGACCAUGUCCGUCGGCGACAUCCAGACCGCCAUGUUCACCAACCAGUCCCAGACCGCCACCGCCGGCGCUACCGGCGCGUCGGGCUCGGCUGCUGGUAACUCGACCGCCUCGGGCUCUGGCUCGGCCGGCGCCUCGGCCACCGCCGCCACCACCAAGGCCGGCAGCGCCAUGGGCAUUGCCGCCCCCGUCGCCGCUGUCGUCGGCGCUGCCGUCCUUGCCGUUGCCUUCUAA